GUAAAAGAUCUAGAAGUCAAAUAUGACAUUAGCUUCACAAAGAAUAAUCCCCUCAAAUAAAAUACUUUUUUUAAAAAACUAACAUAGUAGUUAAUUGUCUUUUAAGCUUUUAGGUAUUGCCGUUGGAUUACAAAAAAAAAAAGUAUCAUCCAAGUUGUGAUCAACCUCUAUAUGUAAAGUCACAAACAUUUGUCAUCACUCAAAAGACUAUACAUACACACAUAAUUCUAGUCAAUUUUGCUUCACCUUGGCCUGCACCUUCCUCUCUCUCUCUUUUUCUUCUCCCUCUUCAUAAAACCUUGUAAACAACAAUACAUACAUAAAUAGCUGUUUUUCUUUUCUUUCUUUAUUUUGCUAUGAUAUGAGAAUUGUUGGAAGCAAAUUAUUAAUCAAAGGAGUUGAAAUGGGUUUUUUUUCAUCUAAAGAAGAGAAAUCUAAAAGAAUAUUAAGAGUGGUUAAGACUCUAUUUUUCUUAAUCACAAUGAUUCUAUCACUUCUUUUAUUUUCAGCACCGGUUUUAUUAGUUAUUGCUGAUGCUCUUGUUCCUUCAGCUCUUCUCUCAACACUCUCACCUUUUUCAGUUUCUCCAUCAUUAACAACACUCUCUUCUCAUUUCCAAAACUAUGAUUUUCGUUACUCUCUCAUUGAUAUUCCUCUCGUUUCAAUAAUUAGAUCCUUCAUCAUUUUCUGUGUUUAUAGUUUAUGUGAUGGACCAAAACUUUCAAGAUCAAGAGGACCUUAUUUGGGAAUCACAACGUUGUGUUCUGUUUUGUCUCUGUUAUUUGUUUCAUUUAAAGCUGUUUAUGUGUUUGGAAAUGGAAAUGGAUAUGUUGGAGGAUCAUCAGAAAUUGCUUUGUUUGUUUGUUCUUGUGUGUUGGCUGUGGGACAUGUUGUUGUGGCAUAUAGAACAAGUUGUAGAGAGAGAAGAAAGCUUUUGGUUUACAAGAUUGACAUUGAAGCUGUAAGUCAUGUUCCCUUCAAUCCUUUUACCAACUACUUGCCUUCUCACAUAAAUUUUUUGUCAAUUAUUGUGUGAUUUGGAGGAAAUUGAUAAAAUUUUCAUAUUAUUCAAUUAUUCAUAUGUUUACACUAUUGAAAUUGAAUAUUUAGUAUUUUUUUAAAACUUUAAUCAAUAUUUCUUUUGGUAUAAAUAUUUGAAACUAUCUAGCUUUUUGAAUGAUGAAAACUAAAAAGUCAUAUUGAAAUAAGCUAACUACCCAAAAGUUUAUUGAGAAACUAAAUAAUAGUGAAUUAUGACUAAGGGUAAUUUUGUAACUUUAGUAUUAAAAAAGUUGUUUUUUGCUUAUAUUUUGGGAUAUCAAAAAGAGGUUUUUUUUACUUAUAUUAUGGGACGGAGGGAGUAUUAUAAAUUUUUCAUUGAAUUUUUCAAAACAAUUUUAAUUAAUAAAAUUAUAAGAAUCUAGAUGAUAAUUUAUCAAUCCUUAAGAAAUGCAAGAAUCUUUUAAUGAAAAAUCCAAGUAGUUUCCAAUUUGCUUUAUUGCCUUAGACGAGUAUGGUGGCUUUCACGAUAGGCACUAAUAGGAAUUUUAGUGAGGUAACAAGGUCCCACCAAUCGUAAUUAAGUACCAUUGAAAAUCAAGGAAACUUCAUUAAAGACCUUACUUAUUGGUAUUAGAACAUGGUUUAGAACAUUAUAGGGUUGAAUUUCCUUUGUUUCUGGAAGGUAUAAAUAAGUUGACACUUGACAAUAUUUGAUGACAAUUCCUUUUGAAAACCUAUAAGCAAAAUUCAAAUUUGUCUAUUUAAUUUUUUCAGGUUUGGCAACAUAUUAGUAGUUUUUGUUGACUUUUCUAUACAGCAAAAAUGAGGUGGUUGUAUAGUUGGGUAGGGUAUAUACUAAUACAUGGCCAUAACAAGAUGUUGGAAUCCACAUCAUAUAGAGUAGUCUAAAAGUAAACUUUUCCCAUUGAAAUUACUCUUCUAAAUAGUCUACCCUCUAAUUUUCAAUCCUAAUUUAAAAAUUUGAUUAUAAAAUUAUUUUUGUCUACAAACACCUGAUUUUGAUAAAAUUAAGACUUGGUCUCACACUCUAAUCACAUGUAAAUCUUUUCUUAUUCAAAGAAUCUAUGCAAGUGGGAACUAACCGUCCUUAAAUGGUGACCAAAGUUUGACUAAUAUAACAAAAUAAUUUACAAAUAUCUAGGUACAUAUAUUGAUCUUGUGCCACAUGCUAAGAUAUGGUGUUAAUUUGUAUAUUUUUUUUUUUUUGAAAAAUCUUAUACUAUAGUAGUAGCUAGUUUUUUUUUUUUUUAAUUAAGAUAAUGACCAAAUAUUAAUGCCAAAGCAAUUGGGACCUUGCAAGUUGGAGGCUACCCACUAGCAACAAUUAACAAUAGGCUUAUCCCACUUAAUAAUUAUAAGAUAUCAAACAAAAUAUUCCAUGUGCUUUUCAUGCAACAUUUAUAUGUUUAAUAAAUUUAUCCAAAAAUAUUAAAAGUGACCAAGAAAUUAACCAUGUUCUAUACUCUUUUUUUUAUAUCUAUGCAGAUUUCAGCUUGCACAAAUAAGUAUCCGAGGUAUCCCAAGAUUCAUCAAGAAGAGAGAAUCAAAUGAUCACUAAAUCACUGUGGCACUGACAUAUUAGAUUAGAGAAAUAUAUAUAAAGUAUAGAUUUUACAUCUAACAGCUUCAUAGCUAUUCAUAUAUUAAUUAAAGUUCACAUGUUCCAUCAAGGAAUGCCACGGUUUAUCCUAAGGAUAUGCCAGUAAUCUUUGACACCUAAUUAACAACACUAAUUAUAGUUUAGUAUAUACACUUCAAUGCUACCAUGAAACAUAAAUUUGUUGAAUGGUGUUAUAGGUAUAGGUAUAUUAUGUGUUACUAUAGAGCUUCAGCUUGUAAUAUUUUUUUAAAACUUUUAUUGUCCCAUAGAUAGAUUCAUGUAUAUCUUAUUGUAUAUAUAAAAAUGAAUGCAUUGUUGGUUAUGGUCAAAGGCCUACUUAA